AUGGAGAAAGCAGAAGGAAGAAACCAAACACCCAUCGUGGAAUUUGUCCUCUUAGGCUUUGGGAAUGGCCCUGAACUGCAGCCUCUUCUCUCUCUCAUAUUUCUAGUGAUCUACAUUGUGACUGCAGCCGGGAACCUCCUCAUAAUUGAUCUGGUGGUGGCUGAUCGGCACCUUCACACCCCCAUGUAUUUCUUCCUGGGGAACUUGUCUUUCCUGGAUAUCUGCUACAGCUCCACCAUCCUGCCCAGGCUGCUGGCUGGUCUCCUGACUGGGGAUAGAACUGUUUCUGUUAUGGGCUGCCUGGUGCAAUUAUAUUUGUUUGCGAUCAUGGCAGCUACAGAACCUUUGUUGCUCGCGGCCAUGUCUUACGAUCGGUAUCUAGCGAUCUGCCACCCCCUCCGCUAUGCUGCGCUGAUGAAUGGCAGGGUUUGCUGCCAGCUGGUGGCAGGGUGCUGGAUAAGUGGGGUUUUGUUCUGCACCAUCAUCAAUAUUUUUUUGUGGCAAUUAACGUUCUGUCAUUCCAAAGAAAUUGACCAUUUCUUCUGUGAUUUUUCACCUGUGAUAAAGCUGUCCUGCGGCAACACCCAGACUCUGCAACUGCUGACGUUUGUUAUCUCUGCCAUAGGGGCACUCGUGCCCUGUCUACUGACCCUGACAUCCUACAUUUGUAUCAUCACCACCAUCCUGGGAAUCCCUUCCACCGCUGGGAGGAAAAAGGCCUUUUCCACCUGCUCCUCCCACCUCAUUGUAGUAACUGUUUUAUAUGUGACUGUGUUAACUGUCUAUGUGGUUCCAACGGCCAACACUCCCGAGGUCCUACAGAAAAUAUUCUCUGUCUUCUACACAGUCCUGAAUCCCAUGAUCAACCCCAUUAUCUAUAGCCUAAGAAACAAGGAGGUGAACGAGUCUCUGAGAAAAGCUAUUCGUAAAGCUGUUACUUUCACAAACAGGCAUAGAGUCUGAAAGGACAAAUGUUAGGAUAUAAUAAAAUAGACA